AUGCCAAAUGUAAUGGAAUCACAUUUAGCUAAUGAAUGUUCCAGUUGUCCACAAGAUGUACAAAAAUAUUGGCAGAAUAAAUUUGAAAAUCGAAAUAAUAAUUAUCGAAGAACUUCAAAUACAAAAUGUCACAAUUCAAUAGAUUCUGCAUGUGCUAAUUUUACAACAAUUCCAAUUGAUUUAUCCUUACAAGAUGAUAUAUUCAAUGAUAACGAAUCUUGUAUUACAAAUCAAAAUAUUUCAACUUCUGUUUUUAUUCCGAUGAAUUCUAAUAUAUUUAUGACUUUUGAGACAAAGCUUAAUAUCGAAGAUAUAGCAGACCUCACUUUGUCUUUUUUUAAUUUUAAUAACAUUGAAUCGUGUUAUGAAAAAUUUCAAUUACAAUCUAGACCAACAUCAAGCCAAGGCCGUGGAAAUAUGGACUUUGAAGUAUCGAAUAUUGUUGAUGAGGUCUUAGGAAAUGAAACUGACGAUAAUUAUUUUUAA